CCGAGAGAGGUCGGCGCGCCCCGCGUCCCGUCCGCCGCGCGCCUGGGUCGGGCCGGGCUCGGAGCCCCAGCCAUGCUGUUCUGGCACACGCAGCCCGAGCACUACAACCAGCACAACUCCGGCAGCUACCUGCGCGACGUCCUCGCUCUACCUAUCUUCAAGCAGGAGGAGCCCCAGCUGUCCCCCGAGAACGAGGCCCGCCUGCCACCCCUGCAGUAUGUGCUGUGUGCCGCCACGUCCCCAGCUGUGAAGCUGCACGAAGAGACUUUGACCUACCUCAACCAAGGUCAGUCUUAUGAAAUCCGACUGCUGGAGAAUCGGAAGCUGGGAGAUUUUCAGGAUCUGAACACAAAAUAUGUGAAGAGCAUCAUCCGCGUGGUGUUCCACGACCGGCGGCUGCAGUACACGGAACACCAGCAGCUGGAGGGCUGGCGGUGGAGCCGGCCUGGGGACCGCAUCCUGGACCUCGAUAUUCCACUGUCUGUUGGUAUCUUGGACCCCAGGGCCAGCCCGACCCAGCUGAAUGCAGUUGAGUUUUUGUGGGACCCUUCGAAGAGAGCAUCUGCUUUCAUUCAGGUGCACUGCAUCAGCACAGAGUUCACCCCGAGGAAGCACGGGGGCGAGAAGGGCGUGCCCUUUCGGGUGCAGAUCGAUACCUUCAAGCAGAAUGAGAAUGGGGAGUACACGGAGCAUUUGCACUCGGCCAGCUGCCAGAUCAAGGUGUUCAAGCCAAAGGGAGCUGACCGGAAGCAGAAAACUGACCGAGAGAAGAUGGAGAAAAGAACGGCCCAAGAGAAGGAGAAGUACCAGCCAUCCUAUGAAACCACCAUCCUCUCCGAGUGCUCCCCGUGGCCCGACGUGGUUUACCAGGUGAACAGUGCCUCGUCCCCAAGCUACAACGGCUCUCCGAACAGCUUCGGCCUUGGCGAAGGCAACAGCUCCCCGACCCACCCGGCGGAGGCCCUGCCCGCGGGCAGUGACGUAAGUGUCUGCGGCUGGGCGCUGGCGGCCUGUCCCCUGCAGACCGAGCAUGCCCUCAAGGCCUGUCCUCUCCGCCCGCAGCACCUGCUUCCCUCGGCCUCCAUGCAGGACGCCCAGCAGUGGCUCCACCGCAACAGAUUCUCCCAGUUUUGCCGGCUCUUCGCCAGCUUCUCGGGUGCUGACCUGCUGAAGAUGUCCCGCGAUGACCUGGUCCAGAUCUGCGGCCCUGCAGAUGGGAUCCGGCUCUUUAACGCCAUCAAAGGCAGGAACGUGAGGCCGAAGAUGACCAUUUACGUCUGCCAGGAGCUGGAGCAGAGCCGCGUGCCCCUGCAGCAGAAGCGGGACGGCAGCGGGGACCCCAAUCUGUGUGUGUACCACGCCAUCUUCCUGGAGGAGCUGACCACCUUGGAGCUGAUCGAGAAGAUCGCCAACCUGUACAGCAUCUCCCCGCAGCACAUCCAUCGGGUGUACCGGCAGGGCCCCACCGGCAUCCACGUGGUGGUCAGCAACGAGAUGGUGCAGAAUUUCCAAGAUGAAUCCUGUUUCAUCCUCAGUACCUUAAAAGCCGAGAGCAAUGACGGCUACCACGUCAUCCUGAAAUGUGGCCUCUGAACGGAGACGAGCAGGCGGCCACCUCCUACCCUCAGCCCCGUGGACCCCCUUGGAUGUAGAAAUCGCACCCUCGGAAGCUGCGGCGAGGAGGGGCCUGGCCCAGCCCGUGAAAGCCGCAGACCAACCGCUAGCCGAGACCCUCGGAGGCCAUGCCUCUGGCGGGCAGAAAGCCUCCCCCUCCUCCUAGCCCCGGCUUCGGAGCGGUUCCUGGUUCUUGCCAGCCCUGCCAUUCUGAAGCGGCCGACGGUGGGGCAUCUCCUCUGAUGCCCCCUAGCUGGAGGCUAGCUCACCGGGUACCUGGGUGCCAUCCGUACUGGUCCCUGCCUUCGUCCUCUUCUCUGGUAACUGGCUCGGUGAUGGGGCUGCUGACGAAGUGGGGGCUGGCAACUGUUCUCCUGUCUUCGUGUCGGUUUCCCGUCUCAGUGACCCGGGUGAGCAUCCGUCUUUCCUGUUACUGGGUGGAGUGAUGGGAGUUGGGUUUAUUCUGUGCCUCUGCUUCUUUCACGUGUACCUUGAUUCUAAGGGUCUGCUGCUCGGAGCCCAGAGGCGGGCUCGCAUCUCUUCACUGCCGGGCUAGACACCCCACGGGGCCACACAGACCUAGUUCCAAGGCCCUUGGGAGGGACGGGGGAGGCUAGAAAGACUAAUUUUAGGCACAUUCUCAUGAAUAUAAAAGGGAAGAGAACCAAAUGAUUUCUCUUGAGCUCCUUCGGUAUAAUUUUAUUUCCUAAGCAAUCCUGGGUGAAGGAGGACUAGGAAAUGAGCAUUCCGUUGUAGGAUCACAUGACCUUGUCUCUCCCGACACCAGGCCCUCGUGGAUGGACUCACCAAAUCCCAUUUAGACAAGACCUCCAAACUUGCCAAGCUUCCUAGAGACAUUGUAUCUUCUGGGAGGGCUCCCCUUUAAAUGUUUCUCUCUUUUCAUUUGUCGAGGGUGUGUUUGGGGCAUUUCACCUGCACUGGAGUGGUUGGAUCACCUUUCUUAGUGGCCUAACUUGGGGGAAAUUUGACUAUCAGUAACCAGUAGACUCAGGAAUUAGUCUUUGUCUCUGUUUUCUGGGACCCACUGAUCUGUACUGGGCCCAGGCUUCAACUCUUUGCUCAUGUAAGUUCAACUUACAAAGCAUGGUGAGCGCUGUGACCAACUGAGUAGGACUUGCCAGCUUUUUAAGUGGAGCUUUGGGGGAAUAUAGAGAUGAUCAGACUGGGUAGACCUUGUUUUACAGAUUGAAAAAACCAAAGCCCAGAGGGGCAAAGCCACCUACCUGAUAGCACAUAGUGAUAGGGUAAUGACAUAAAUUUGUCAUCUAAACCAGGACACUUCUGAGAGUGAAAGGGGCUCUAGCAAUAACUAUGUUGGGACAACAGGUGUGGUGUCCUACAGUGUAAGGACAAGCUUCCGAUUCCCUCUGCUUUUUGGGGGUGGGGGGAGGAGGAGCACAUAACAGCUUUAUUGAGAUAUGAUUCACAUACUGUACAAUUCACCCGUUUAUAGUGUACAAUUCUAUGAUUUUUUAGUCAAUUCACAGAACCACCACAUCAAUUUUAGAACAUUUUCAUCAUCCCUAAAAGAAACCCUGUACCCUUGGCAAGUACUCUCCUAUUUUCCUUACAAUUCCUCUAGUCCUAGGCAACCACAAAUCUUCUUUCUAUAUAGGUUGACCUAUUCUAGACAUUUCACAUCUGUCGAAUCAUACAAUAUGUGGUCUUUUGUGACUAGCUGUUUUUUCACUUAACAUAGUGUUUUCUAGGGUCAUCCAUAUUGAACAUAUAUCAGUACUGCCGUCCUUUUUAUGGCUUAAUAAUAUUUCAUUCUACGGCUAUACCACAUUUGUUUAUCCAUCCAUCAUUUGAUGGAUAUUUGAGUUGUUUCUACCUUGGGGCUAUUAUGAAUAAUGCUGCUAUGAACGUAUUUGUAUACGGUUUGGUGUACACCUAUGUUUUCUUUUAGGAAUAUACAUAUGAGUGGAAUUGCUGGGUCAUAUAGUAACUCUAUGUUUAAUAACUUUUUGAGGAACUGCCAGACUGUUUUCCAAAGCAGCUGCGUCAUUUUACAUUCCCAUCAGCAGUGUAUGAGGCUUCCAGUUUCUCUACAUACUGAUCAACACUUGCUAGUAUCUGUCAUUUUGAUUAUAGCAUCCCAGUGGGUGUGACGUGCUGUCUCAUCGUGGUUUCGAUUUGCAUUUCCCUGAUGGCUAAUGAUGUUGAGCAUCUCUUCAUGUGCUUACUGGCCAUUCGUACAUCUUCUUUGGAGAAAUGUCUGUUCACCUCCUUUGCCUAUUUUCAGUUGGCUUAUUUUUCUUUUUGAGUUGUAUGAGUUCUUUGUAUAUUCUAGAUGCAGGUCCUUUAUCGGAUGUAUGAGGCGUCAAAAUGUUCUCCACUUCUGUGGGUUGCCUUCACUUUCUUAUGAUGACCUUUGAAGGGCAAAAUUUUUAAUUUUGUUGAUGUCUAAGACACCUAUUUUUUCUCUUGUUGCUUAUACUUGCGGUGUCCUAUGUAAGAAACUAUCGCCUAAUCCAGGGUCAAGAAGAUUUAUGCUUAUGUCUUCUUCUAAGAAUUUUGAUAGUUUUAGCUCUCCAAUAGUCUUUGAUUAAUUUUGAGUUAAUUUUUAUAUAUGGUGUGAGGUAGGGGUCCAACUUCAUUCUUUUGCAUGUAGAUAUCCAGCUGUCCCAGCACCAGUUGUUGAAAAGACUAUUGGAAUCCCCAUAGAAUUGCCUUCAUACCGUUGCUAACGGCCCCUGAUUCUUCCUGGAUCUUUUUUUCUGUGACAUGGGUCUGUCAUUAGGAAGCUCACCGUUUUUUGUUUUUUUUUUUUAAACUCAGCCCACAUUUGGCUCCCCCAUUUUUACACCUGGCUUUCUAUUCUCUUCUUGCUGUCUCCCCCUUUCCCUGUCUCAACAGUACUGGGUCACGUCACUCUCCGAUGUUCUGCAACCCUUCUGGGUGCGUAGCUCCACACGUCAGUUCUAGAGGAUCAAGACCAGUCAUUUCCGUUUUUUGAGGAGACAGAGUCACAUAGAAGUGGAGUAACUUGCUCAGGGUCCCCCAGAUCCAGGACUAGACUGUUGAUCUUGUGACUGCCGGCCUUUCAAGGUGUCUGCCAUUCACUAGACCCAAGAGAUGCCACUACCCAGACCCAAGUGAUGGCAGGCUAAAAAUCUUAAUUCUAAAAAUGUGGUAGGCUACUAUUUUUAUUUCUUCAUUCCAGGUGAGGGUCUAAUCAAGAUCUGGUACCUUAAGUUUGCUGUAGGUAGAGCCUUCUGUUCUCUAGAAUGCACACUGCAUCUGCUCUGCUUAUCUUCUCCUGUGGUUAUAGUUCAAUCUUGUAGCUUACAGAGAAGUAGAAAAUAAUAAAUACAAAAAAAGAAUACACAUAGUCAUUUGGUACCAAAAUGUUUUCGCUGCCCAAAUCAGCAGCUCGUGCCUUCCGCACGGGUCAGCUGAGCUAGCUGUAGGUUUUUGGGUUUUGUUUUCUGUUUUGUUCAUUUUAUUAAAGUACAGAGAAGCUGUAGCCCUUCCCACUCCUGUCCACUGUCUUGCUUGUGAGCUCCGAGUCCAGAGUCUUGGCCUGCUGGACAGGCAGCCCCUCCCAGAACUGUCCCCUCUGCCCCCACGUAGUCUAGGCUGUGGCUUCUCGGCAGCAACACAUUUUAAAAGGGAUCUGCAGAGGGACAAAAGAUAAACCGUGUGAUCGGGCCACUGCCUCGGGCCACCUGAAGCUGGGUGCUUUAUUCUCAGGCCAUCCCAUUUCUUUGCUGGGCAGGUGUCUGUUUGCAAGGCUGUGAUGAGCCUUCUCCUGGUUACCGAGUUGCACCUUUAUAAUAAGGACACGGGCUUUUGAAUGGGGGAAGGGCUGAUGGGCCUUUGGAAAGACCAGGACGGGGGAGGGGGGUCGAAAGCGAAGGUCAGAUGUUGCCCUGGUGACCUUCUGCCCGAGGGCCUCUUGGGAAGAGCUGUGAGCCUAGAGGGGCCUUUCCUGGGAGCACAGUGGAGCUGCCUGAACAGUGUGUCACCAGUUUCCAAAUCCAGAGUGGCGUCAGGGGCGGGCUGAGUAAGUUAAGGUCUGAAAAUCAUUAACGAGUUGACAAGGAGAAUGGAAAAGCCUCUUUUGCUGCUGUCACUGGGGCAAAAGAAGGCAGCCCCCAGGCUCUCAGAGAAGAUGGAAAAGCAGGUGACCAAGAGCCAGGGGUCCUGGGUCCCCAGACCCUCACUUGGCUUCUGCCUCUCUGGUCUCGCCUCCUCUCUGGGAGGCCUCUGGGGUCGUGGCUGACUCAGUCCUCGGUGAGUCUGAGGGACAGCGAGGCUUUCCGUCUUUGCCACCAUCAGAGUCUUACUGUGGGCAGGUGGCGUGCGUGUGUGUAUUUCCUGGUGGUACUUGGCACCUCAGAUGCUCCCGCUUGGGCUGGCGCACGCACCCGAAGGUUUGCACACGUUUCCGCGUGAGGCAUGGCAUCUUAGCCGUGUCUUUAAGAAUCCAGCCUAGCUCACAACCGGGUUGACUUGACUCCAUCAGUGCUCGUAAGAGUGGCCGCCAGCUGUUCCCUGCAGCCCGAGGCUGGAUUCCAUCGGCUGGCUAUGUGUCUACAUUAUAGAUGCGUGCGUGCGCGCGUGCCGGUGUGUGUUCAGGGAUGCGCGUGCAUCCCUUUCCCUACCCCUGUAUCUGCCAUGAGCGCAGCCCCGAGCACCCUCAGCUUACCUAGAUGCGGUGAUUGCAGCUGCUCUUUAAAUCUUACGUGAUGCUCCUGGUUCAGACUCUGUUGACGAAGCUGGUUAGGGCACAGUUGCCCUAAUCGAGGGGAAAUGCCCACCCUAAGUCCCGCGUAUCUGGGGAGGGGAGCAGUGCUGGCAGCUGACGUCUGACCAGGACCCCAAAAGCCAGGCCCGUGGAGUUGGUCUUCCUUGAAGCUGCCUCAGGUACCCUGUGUCCCGUCGGGCUGUGUAUCCCGUGUGUGACAUCAUCAGUCAGGCUGGCCAAUAGGAAGUGUUUGUACACCCUGUCUGCUCACCUCCCAGCCCUCCCCCCUCUGUCCUGUGGGGACAGGGCAGUGAGGUGCUGGGCAGACGCGUCCCCCCGUCCCCCGGCCUCCUUCCCAGCAGCAUCCUGAGAGCUCCUUGCGGCCUCCUCCCAGCUCUCCAGAGCUCCCUGCAAAGGCUUCUCCUGGGCUUUCUCUGUUCUUCUGCUCCCUUGGGGAAGGGCGGUCCCCCGCCUUGUCAUGUAGGGGCCCUUCUAGCAGCAGUGUCCCCAAGAAGUAGCUCUGAGAGGUGGCUUUGCUGUUCUGUGCAGGGCAGCUGGUGGGGUGAGUUGGGGAGCGGCGGGCACUGCUUAGUCUGGAGCUGAGCCGCCUUGCCCUCCAGGCCGCCAAACCAGCCCCCUCCGAAGAGGGAGUGUGUCAGCCUGUCCUGUGCCCUUCAUCCUGGGGAGCCCUGAGGGUGGCCUACGGGGAGCUAGCAGGGACCAGGGAAGCCUUUUAUCCUGGAAGGUUCGCAAUCCUUUCUCUAAGGCAGAAGAAUAGAAUUAACCCUGGUACCCGUCACCCAGCCUCUGCAGCGGUCACCCUACACCCACUCAUCAGGAGCUGAAUGCAGCUCCCUGCUGGGUUUCGUGGUCUCUUUGAUGACAGUGAACGCUGAACCCAAUGAAGUGAAAGGCAUCCUGUACCCCUCCCCUGUUCCGUUCCCAUUAGUAUACCUGUAGUACCAAAAAAUGUACUCAAUGAUUAUAUUUUGAAUUUCAUCAUCAAAAACGUUAUGGAAACUUGUUUAUACUGACAUAAUAUCGAUUUACCUCCUCUUAGCCUUUAAAGCCCCAAAUAGGUCCCAUCCAGCCCUUUGCAGAAAAACUGCCCACUGCUGAGUUAGACCUCUGUUACUCUUGCCCCUGGAUUAUGUGGAAGAAACUCCUAGAAAAUAAGGACUUUUAAAAAUAGUAAAAACAGUAUUUUGUGUGGAGCUUUGCAGCAGGAGAGUCAUUCAGCUGAGCAGUCUUUGAACCCCUGCCGCCUGUUGGGCACGCGGCCCCCUCCCCCCGCCGGCUCUGUCCCAGCCGCUCAGGAACCAGAGCCCUGCUGGACCCUUGGAUCCCCAGGGCAGGGUGCCGGGGGUUGGUGUCCCGAGGGCCAGGUGUGGGGAGGGACCUCUACUGGCCCCGAGCCACGGUGGGUGGCGGCCUCCUGACUUACGUCACUGGGACUUUCCUGUCCUGGGAGGUGCAGCCUGACCUUCACCUCCGUGGUGCCUUGAGGACCUCGCAGCUCCUGGGGGUCCCGCCAGUCCCUCCGCACGUGUCUGCUCCCCUUCCUCUGAUGAGGGCCCUGCUUGCGGCAGCCUCAGCUCGCUGGUGCAGAGGGUUCCCUGGGCCCGAUCGCCAGUUCUGCCCCCGGAGAAGCCAGCCCCCAGGCAGCCUCACGGGGUGAAUCCCUCGUGCUGAGGUCCAGCCGGGAUGGGGCCACCUCCCUGGGGCUCGGCCAUCCUUUCUGGGCCCCCCGGCUCCCUCGCUCCCUGUGCAGAUGGCCGGAGCCUGCGGCCGGUCCUCUGUGAAUACCAGCUGCUGAUGCUGGCUGGCCUCGCCCGGGUCACACAUUGUGCUCUGUGCUUUGCCCUUGUCUCAUUUGAGCCUCCCCACGGCUCUGAGGUCCCCGAAGCCUGGCUUCCAGGUGAGGAAAUCAAGACUGAGAAAUCAGACAGGGGCCCAGGGUCCUACGACUACUGGUGGGCUGAGCCGGGGUCUGGGUCCCACAUCCAGACAUGCACGCUCUCGCCCCAGACGCCAGACACGCAGGUGGGGCCCUUUCGUCCUGAGCACUCACUUUUGUGCUGACAUCGUCCCUGGGCUCCACGCCCUGGGUGGGGACAGCCGAGAAGGGCAUUGUUUUGUGGGCCUCUCACCAGCCCUCCCCUUGCUGGGCAAAAUCUUGCUUACUGUGUUCGCCAAUGUUCCUGUAUUGAAAGUGAUUUCUUCCUUAAACUGCCACUUCCUCACCUUUCUCCAGAUUGGGUGACUCUUCUCGAAAGGUGGUGGGUGUCUUGAUUGGGGUGGUGUGGCUCUGGGAUGGCUCAGGUGGGUGUGACGACAGCUCAGGUGGGUGUGGU